CCACACUUUUUCGUACAAGCGAGCGACGUCCCAACCAAGGCGCCACCAAAAUCAGGGAGAGAUAGAGAGAGAGAGCGGAGCGGGGAGGCGCAUCGGCCUCUGCAUCGCUAACUCCGCCCUCGCGAUCUACCUGCCUCCGGUUUUGGAUUGCUCGAUUGCAUCGGCGAAGAUGGCGAUCCCCUCGGAGUUGAUCACAGCGACGUGCAGUCACUGUGAGAGAGAUAUUCCAACAUCAAAUAUUGACUUGCAUUAUGCACAUUGUUCGCGGAAUCUUCAAAAAUGUGCAAUUUGUGGGGAUAUGAUUCCUAAAAAACAUGCUGAUGAACAUUACAACGAAAUCCAUGCUCCGGUGGAUUGUUCAUUAUGCAGUGAGAGAAUCGAAAGGGAUUUAUUGUCUCUUCACGAAGGUGAAAGAUGCCUCAAGAGGAUUAUUACUUGUGAAUAUUGUGAAUUCCCACUUCCUGCAGUUGAUCUUAUUAAUCAUCAGGAAGUAUGUGGUAAUCGCACUGAGUAUUGUGAUCUAUGUCGUAAAUAUGUUCGGUUGCGGGAAAGAGUUAACCAUGAUAUCCAGUUUCACAGCAGUACAACUGAUACUGCAGAACCUCCUAGGAAUAUUCCACCACCCGGAAGAGAAGGUGCUAACAGAAGGCCGGUAGGAGCCUCGCCGCGCAAAAGCUUGUUGUUGACAAUUGCAAUAACAGGCAUAGCUGUCAUGCUCGGGUUCUUCUUCUUACAAAAACGGGAAGAUAAGCAAUAACAUGUUUUCGAGCUCUCUUCUGUGUCAAUUGCAUUCGCAGAAAUGGAGUUCGUGUGCAUUUGGUAGUUGAAAAUGUAUAUUUACACUGGCGUGGUACUUGCAACAAAAUCUAGUUCUUCAUGCUGGUCAUGCUGGACAAGCGUAUGGUUGAUCAUAGUAUUUCUCUUCUGCGUAGGUUCAUUCAUACAUUUUUUUUGCUUGUCAAAAUUCUACUACCUUGUUCAAUUAAGAUGUGAUUUGGACUAUUAUAGGAAUCAAAAUAGCUACUUUAAACUUC